AUGCAGGCUCUUGCAAAGCGCAGGGUUCCGAAAAUGUUCUACGACUAUGCGGAUACCGGGUCAUGGACACAAAGCACCUACCGGGAAAACGAAGCAGCGCUGCAACGCCAGAAGCUGCGUCAACGUGUUGCCCGCAACAUCGACAACCGUUCGGUCAAGUCGACCAUGAUCGGUCGGGAAGUCGCCAUGCCGGUCGCGUUGGCGCCCGUCGGGCUCACCGGCAUGCAACACGCGGACGGCGAAAUUCUCGCGGCACAGGCGGCUGAAGAAUUCGGUAUCCCCUUUACGCUGUCCACAAUGAGCGUUUGCUCGAUCGAGGACGUUGCGGAGCACACCAAGACCCCCUUCUGGUUCCAGCUCUAUGUCAUGCGCGACAGGGGAUUUUCGGAAAACCUGAUGCAAAGGGCAACCGCGGCGGAUUGUUCGGCACUUGUGCUGACGCUCGACCUCCAGGUGCUUGGCCAACGCCAUCAGGAUCUCAAGAACGGCCUGAGCACACCACCCAAACCAAAGCCGAGCGUCCUUGUCGAUCUCGCAUUCAAGCCAUUCUGGUGCUGGAACAUGCUUCAGACAAAGCGCAGGGAAUUCGGCAACAUUCACGGGCACGUGGCUGGUGUCGACGACAUGUCGUCGCUCGCUGAGUGGACGAACAGCCAGUUCGACCCGACACUUGACUGGUCUUCGGUCGAGUGGGUCAAGAAACACUGGGAUCGCAAACUGAUCCUGAAAGGCAUCAACGAUGUCGAGGAUGCAAAAAUCGCUGCCGGCCUCGGUGUGGAUGCGAUCGUGGUCUCCAACCAUGGCGGACGUCAGUUGGACGGUGCUCUGGCCUCCUAUGACGUCCUUGGCGACAUCGUCGACGCGGUCGGGGACAAGAUCGAAGUUCAUUUCGACGGUGGGAUCCGCUCAGGACAGGACGUCUUCAGAGCGGUCGCAAUGGGUGCUCACAGUACCUAUAUCGGCCGGGCCUACAUCUAUGGCCUCGGCGCAAUGGGCAAGGCUGGCGUGACCAAGGUUCUGGAGAUGAUCCACAAGGAACUGGACGUGACAAUGGGCCUUUGCGGCGAGACCGACAUCACGAAUACCGGCCGGCAUAACCUGGUGCUGUAG